GAGAUAGCAUCUACAGUCCCCGGCGAGGGUGCGAGUGAUGCCGCUUCUCGGCAACAUUAUGACCAUCGCCGUCGAUAGUCCGACAACGGCGUCCACGAGCGUCUUUGAAGGGAACAUGACGUGGUCUCGACCAAUCAGUGGUGGCUCUACGUUUUCGAGUAACGAGGCCCUUCCGACACGUGCGUUCCUGAACGGUAAGAAACGGCGGCGUCCGGUCACGACCGCUCUAAGUGAUCGUAUUAGUCGCCUUCUCAGCGGUGGAGGUACUGAGAAAGGAUCGCGCAAGAACGCUCCAAAAAACAACGAAAAACACAUCGAGCACGACGAGCGUAAUACCACUGCAGCGGAAAGAGGAGACGGUGAGGUAGGAACGAGAAAGGAAACUUCUCGCCAUUGCGAGCAGACUUCAGAAACUCGAAUUUGUGGCAGAAACACCGUAGGCGCGACAAAGAGUGGGAAAACUGCAUUUAUUGGCGGAGAUAACAGGGCAGGGAUAAAUACUGGAGGCGGCGACAGUGAACAAAGUGUCGACAGCGUAGGCAGUACUACUGAUAGUGCAAGUGUGAGUACAGGUGUAUCGAACAACACGGAGGAGGAAGUCGCGAUUGGAUACGAGAAGGAUUUGUUGCUUUUCGGUUUUAGCGACACAAUGGAGGACGCGAUAAAUUCGUUCAACGAUUCAUCAACUGGAAGUAUCCGUCAUCCCUGGAAUAUGAGUUUGUAUAACGAGACUUUCAUUGUUCUGGGGGAAGGAAUGUAUCCGUCGGGAUACACUCUCCCGCACAUUAUAUUGGCGUCUAUUCUUGCGACACUGUUGAUGAUCGUGAUCGUCGUGGGGAAUAUGCUGGUGAUAAUUGCCAUAGCCACAGAGAAGGCGCUCAAGAAUAUACAGAAUUGGUUCAUAGCCAGCCUCGCGGUAGCGGACUUUUUCCUUGGUCUCGUCAUCAUGCCAUUCUCACUCGCUAAUGAAAUCAUGGGUUACUGGAUCUUCGGAUAUUGGUGGUGUGACAUUCACUCUGCCAUGGACGUGUUAUUGUGUACGGCCAGUAUCAUGAAUCUGUGCUUAAUUAGCUUAGACAGGUUUUGGAGCAUUACACAAGCUGUCGACUACCUGAAGAAAAGAACACCAGCUAGAGCAGCACUUAUGAUUGCCCUCGUUUGGUUAUUGUCGGCGCUUGUUUGUAUACCACCCUUACUCGGAUGGAAAAGACCCACUCCAGCUGAAGAAUACCCCAAAUGCAAGCUGUCGGAGGACAUCGGGUAUGUCCUUUAUUCUGCUCUGGGCAGCUUCUACAUCCCAUCCUGCAUUAUGGUCUUCGUGUACAUACGUAUAUACUUUGCUGCCAAAGCUCGCGCGCGUCGCGGCAUCCGGAAGCAACCCCGUCCACGUGCGGUGCCGCCGGAAUCGCCUGACAUCAGGCAGACCAGCUUCACUCAGAGCACACCGGCAACCGACACUAAGAAACCUCCGGGAUCAGUCAUGGAAAACGUUGCCACGAUCGAGAACCAACCGGUCCAGAUACCGAUUGUCACAUGCGACUUUGCUAGUGACGUCAGCACAUCGGAAGCUGAUCCUGGCGGAGGCAUUAGUAUACCAAUGGAAGAGAAAGACACGUUAAAGGUGAGUAUACCGGUGCCGGCGCAGAAGAGCAACCUGAAGGCAAGCCUGUCGGUGAACGGGGACGGACAGUCAGGAGGGCAGAAUGUGCCAGCGCGAUGCCGAGCGCCAAGCGUGGGCAUCGACGUUGACAUGGUCUCCGAGUUUGAUCCCUCCUCGUCAGAUAGUGGCGUGGUGUCGAGAUGCGCGGUGGUAAAACCGCUAAAGUUGCGACUAUGCCAGCCGAUUUUCGGCCGCAAGCACGUAGGUAAGUUGAAGAGGGAGCACGGUGAUGCGGGACGACACGCGGGCAAAGACGAGUCCGGCAGCGACGGCAAGAUGAAGCAGCGCGAUCCGGAAAGGGAGAAGAGGAGGCUGGCAAGAAAGAAAGAGAAGCGUGCCACGAUGAUACUGGGCUUCAUAAUGGGCAGCUUCAUCGCUUGUUGGCUGCCCUUCUUUGUCCUUUACAUUGUCAAACCUCUCUUUCCUGAUUUCGAUAUACCCUCGCAGGCCUUCGUAAUCGCUUUCUGGCUCGGCUACACCAACUCGGCGCUGAAUCCCUUUAUUUAUACAGUCUUCAACAAGGACUUCCGCCGUGCUUUCCGCCGAAUAUUGUUUAAAUGAGCAAUACAGUAUAGCGUCGACCAAGAGGGACGCUAGCGAUAACUACUAUAUAUUUUCCGUCCUCGGAUAUGUGAAUACCGAUGGGAUUCCGAGGAUGUUGUCUCGAUUGAAUCGCGCGCGAUAUCCGAUCUGUUUCCUCGAGUUAUUCUCAAGAGAAACUUUAAUCAUAAGAGGAAGGUGGAAUUUUACAAUGCCGUGGAAACAUUUGCGAAAGAUGGAAUCGGAAAUGCGCGAAGAGUUUGCGACAAGACGAGAAGUUCGCGUUUCAGAUCGAAAAAAGUUUUCCAACUGAUUUUUUCGGAAUACAAAACGAACACUGAAAACUGCAGAAUCGCACGUGCGAAGAAUCAGAGAAGAGACGAGAAGAGACCAGACACAUCUCUGAGUUUAUAUUCGUGUAUUCCUUCGGGAUUGUUGUCAUCUCCCCCCCCCCCAAAAAAAAAGACUUUUUGCGACUGUCAAAUCAACGUACAACUUUAUCCCGAAAAACGCGAGAUAUGUGCAUCGCAUGUCAUUUUGAAUACGCAAAAUCUUAAGGACAAGUUUUUAAAGAUACGAAAACUCAAGAAAAUUUUUUUUCUACGUUAUUAAACGAUGGAAGCAAAAUACAAAAACCUUGAAAUCUCAUCGAGGUAAGAAGACGUUUCAAAUGUUUUGAAAUCAUUACUAGGGAGACUCUUAAACACACUCCCCUUAACGAAUAAAAUCGAAUUGUACUACUUUUACACAACUUAUACGGACAUUGUACAUUGUGCUGCGUGCGACAGAUCAGCGUUGUUUGCUUGGCUGGCCAAGAGAACAAGAUUCGCCACGUACGGAUUACUAUCUCCAACUUAUGACAUAUAAAGCAAAUUGCUUCGAAGACCAAGAGGCAGCAUAUCGCUCCUUCCUCCAUCUCUCCGCGCAUACUUUUUUUACUGACCAUUCUUCCGCAAAAGGGUAAAGAACACGUGCAGGAAAAACGUGCCGACUGAUAUGGAUGGAGGACACUAUUCCCGUGCCUAAUCUCUUGGUCACGUUUAUGAAAGACAUGACAAUCCCAAUUUACGCAGCAUGCACGCGUUUGCGUAAAUUAACUUGGUCUCGUCGUGGAAAAAUAAUGGGACGGGUCGCAAACUUCAUAGUGCGCUACCUGAACACAACACGGCCGAUUAUCGCAGUAAAGGAUGCACAAUCACGCAGAAUGCAAUUUAGAGAACGUUUAUCGUAUGCACGCACGAUAACUGCGGCGGAAAAUACGACGCCGACGCGACCGAAGGAGAAAGGAGAAUCUUACGAACACCGUGACCAACUGAUCACGUCAACACCAACCAGCGUUGAAGAUCGUCGGCAGAUCUACUGACAAAUAAAUGAGGAUGCGAGAGAGUAUAUAAUUUAAAACAUUUCCUACUAAUUAGAUAUUCGCACGUCGUGGGCUUGAGACGGCCCCUUUAAACGUCCGGCGUUCCACUCGUGAGUCUUCGAUGUUACUUUUAAUGAAAGAUUACGUAUGUAUAGGAUUUAACAAUUCUGUCACGUACGUGCAGGGUAUAUGGAUAUGCGUGCUGGUACGCGUAUGUAAUAUACGUUCAUUUCAUACAAAAGCAAGUAUAGAGGACGCGGAAGUUCUAUUUCGUAAACAGGUUCCUCUGUCGCAGCCUAACUGUACAGCAAUAAUCAAUCUUUCAUUCGUUGAAAACGAUCGUUCGUACAAACGAGAUAUCGCGAGGGAGGAAAUCGGUGCGAAACGAUCAAUCGCAGAUUGUGUCCUCAAUCACGCAUUGUCCGUACGUACACAUGAGGUGCGUGUAUGUACGCACGCUCUCCAAUAUGCGAUGAAUAAUCACUUUACGUCGCAGGGUCCAAAAUUAAACGCGAAUCUAGAUAAAAAUAAAAAAAAAAAGAUCGUAUACUGACUGUGCAUAUACUACCGGUAUUCCAUUAUUCAAAUUUAUUCAUCGUCAUGAACAAAGACUUUGACCAACGCUUAAUAUCAUACUUCGAUUAUGUUUACUCGAUUUACGGUGGAUGUAUUCUAUAUCUGACUAUGCAACAAUAAUAGAAAAGCACAACAAACGACAGAAUGAUAGAAAGCGACCGGUUAACUCUCGAAGAAUACAGAAUAGAUCCGCCAAUUAGUGUGAGAUAAUUCCUAAGACAGAAAUAUUAUUUCCGUAAGACGGAAACCCCGUGCCUACCAGCAAACAGAUGCUUCUACAUCAGUACGUACAAGAUUCUCGCGAAAUGAUCACACGCAGAAAAGGGAUACUAUCCGCGAGAUAGAGAGGAAAGAACAAUGUCUCGCACACCUGUGCUCGCUAUUUUGCGAAAACAACCAAGUAACAAUAUUCCUUAUUUCGUUCUAUUAAACCGAGAUCUUGGCAACGCGUUCUUUACCAACUUUUCAAGUGAGAUCACGAUGCGAGAUUCCGAAAUUUUUUUUCAGAAAUUUCCAAAGAGCUAAAUCAGCUUUUCGCCGAUCUCAUGUGUUCGAUUUGGCGAGGGAGAGAGGGGGAGAGAGAGAGAGAGAGAGAGAGAGAGAGAGAGAGAGAGAGAGAGAGAGAGAGAGAGAAAUGAUAAGCUCCAGCAUCAUAAAUCCUGCACGCCCAAUACAGCGUGUACAUUAGCGGAAAUGUACGCGCUCACGCACGUACGUGACGUGCAAUACACCACAACGAUAAAUCGAUAAACACAUCUCGCGCGUCAGGUUCCGUAAUGUUUAAGUGUGCCUGCCUACCUGCCUGCCUAUGCGUGUGUGCGUACGUAGGUAUAUUCUUGCGUCUCGCUCUCUGUUACUUCUUUUUUACUUCCUGUUUAACUGAGCUUUCUCCCUUAGGAUUUUCCUCAACUAUCAUUAACAUUAAUUUUCUUAGUAAUGUAUUGCUUAUAUUGUUUAAUUUAUUUAACUAUAGCUAUAUAAAUAAUUUAUCCUUUUUAUUGUAUAUUUAGACUAUGUAGCUUAUUUAAACAGAUUCCUAAGCUCUUAAGAGUCUUCUAGUUAUAAAUUCUCUAUUUUAUUUUCUUUUUUUCUUCUCUUUCUCUCUCUCUCUCUCUCUUUCUUUUUAUUUUUAUUUUUGUUAUUACAUCUUUUUUAUUACUAUUAUUUUUCUUUUUGUACUGAUCCCGUGAUGAGAUGAUAAAUUGAAGUAGUCAAGAAAAGGAUAAUUCGUAGAGAUAGCAGGUGAUCGCGAAUAAUUGGAUAUGAGGAAUCAAUAUGGAAUUUGUUAAUAAGACAUUUGUUUAAUGGAUUAUUAGCAUAGUUUAUUGGAUCAAUAAGCUCGCGCGCUAGUUUCGCCUUUCUUUCUACUGAAGAAAAA